CAGAAGCAUUCAAGCCUCAGUAGGGGUGUCGAGACGCUCUCGAUGCUCUCGUCGAAUUUCGGGCUUGAAAUUUGAAUUCUACGAUCACCGGAACCCCAGCAUCGUAGGGCAAUGGAUGAAGGGUUCUGACAAGUCUAUAGCGAAUCUAGCCCGUCAUGAGAUUAUCCAAUCCCUGACUAUAUGGAUUACCAAAGACGCCGUAUCUGGAGAGUAUCCCACCAUGCUUCACGGUCAGGUGGCGGCCAUUCGCAUUGUCACCGACCGUGGCCAAAAUGUCACAUUUUGCCCGUCCAUCGAUCCGAACUUUCUGGAUACCUGCCUAAAGACACAGUAUCAGGCUGACCCAUACCAAGGACUUGCCGCUGUAUCGUGGGUUCUUAAUUCUCGAUUUGACCGCGUCAGAACCAUCUUUUCUCCGAAGACCCCAGAGCAUAUUUUUGCCAUUAAACCUGAACUGUAUGCUGCCUUCAGUCAGAUACAAAAGCUGCCGUUCGAGCUCAUUCUCGGUGACGGCUGCUACGAUAAGUUAACCAAGGUUGUCGGACACAUCGAUGCAAGUGCCUUUCGUGGCUUCACGUUUGCCUACAAGUCUGGACAGACAUGGAUCAUAGGUGAUAAUCACUCGCAUGAGGUACAGUCCUUUGAAAUCCCGGAAUCAGACCGGAUCGUCGGAUUGUCGCUUCGCACAGCCAAAGGCAUUCAAGAGAUUUCGGUAACUCUCCCUCGCCAGUACCCAUUAACCCGUUCGCUUUGCUAACUUGCACUGUCAAGUUCGGGGUUGAGCACUGGAGGGAGGAUGAUAAGCUUCAGUCCCGAUGUGUCCAACUGGCUGUGCCACAGCCGAUCCAACAAGAUACUUUUGUUGACCGUGGCAUUCUCAACAUAUGGUCCAAAGACGAAGAGUCUGCAAAUGCAAUAGCGAAUGUUGCGCAGGCCAAUGCCGUUUUUACUCCGCCGAUUGGUACUCGGUU